CUGCCGGUGAUUCUGGGAGGCAGCAGCCGGAGUCGCAGCAGCAGCAGCAGCAGCAGCAACUGCAGCAGCAGCAACCCUGCCCUAGCGUCUGUAGAGAUGUGCGAUCCUAUCAAACACAGCGCUUGGAUUACACUGCCACCAAUGCUCCAGCAGCGGCAGCAGCUUGCUGCCGUUGCCGUUGGAAACAUGCUGGUUGCAAUGGGCGGACGCGAUAGCACUGGCAACAAGGGCCUAGUGCUGAAGACGUGUGAGAGGCUUGUUCUUCCUCUUUCCCAAAAAUCAGAAGGAGUCUUGGGGGAACAAGCAGCCUGGUUGGCGGCAGAAAGCAAAAAAAAUGCCGCAACGCCAGUGUCGCCAAACAGCACUUCGGGAGACUCGCCGUCAGGUGUAUGUACAGCCGAGGAGGAGGAGGACGCGGUGAAAGGCUUGACUCCCACGGAGACACCGAGACACGAGGCAGCGAGAGUCUCCUCAGGAGAGUUCCUCUCGACAUUUUGCAGCAGACAACAGCGCCCUUCUCUAAAGGGACCAGUGCUGCCCUGGGUAGCUUUACCGCCUAUGCGACAAGCGCGAUGCAGAUUUGCUGCAGCACACAUCAGGGGCAAAAUAUUCUGUGUAGGCGGCCUGGGGGGUGUGAAAGCUCUCGCGUCAGUCGAAGUCUUCGACGCCAUGAACAACACGUGGAUUGAAGGGCCACCUCUGAAUAUUCCGAGAAUUGGAGCGUCUUUGCUGCUUUGGUUCACUGCGAGGGGAACUCCGCUGCUGCUAGCGCUUGGAGGGCAAAGCGCCGUAGACGAGGCUGAGGGGCCCCCCUCUCGAGGGGGGCCCCUUCGAUCAGCAGAGACUCUCGACCUGAAGGCGUAUUUUUUUGCUGCCUUUGGAGAGUUGUUGCCGCCUCUCCAGCCUUCGCUGCAGCAAGCGGAGUCGCUGCCGCAGCCAGAGACGCCACAGGGGCAGCACGGAUGGAUGCUGCAUGAGGAUUGCGGAUUGGCGAAUCUUUCGAUGGCUUCUUGCGCUGUGGACUGCACGGAGUGGACUGUAUGUACAGCCGGCAGAUUUUGCAUGCGCUUUGCUGCUACUCAGAAGUGGGCAUCAGAACUGCCAGGAGAAAUUGCAGGAACUGGAAGAGGAGCUGCAGGAAAGCCAAAGGCCACGCUGGCUGCUUCAGGAAGGCGCAAUGUGCCUCAGUCUCUGUCCUUAUCGGGGUGUUGUUCUCAUGGCCUUUCUCCCCAGACGUCUGAAGAGCUGCGCCGCUUGCUGCCGAAGGGUCGCGUUGCUGCUGCUUCGCGC